AUGACAACAGGAUUAUUUGGGGUUUUUGGGGCCCUGGUCUCACCACUUUCCAAGCUGGCAAAAACUGAUAGUGCCAUGAGUAGGGAUGCCAUGCCCCAGGGUACGAGAGGUUGCUGCUUGACGCUGUUCAUGAACAAGCAGCAAUCUCUGGAGAUCACGGGCAUGUUUCUGGAUACCAUUCUCCCUUCCCGUGAUGAUAAUGGUAUACGACCUGCCAUUGGCCAACGUACUCGCCUAAGUAAAGGAGAUAUUGCACAGGCAAGAAAGCUGUAUAGAUGUCCAGCCUGUGGAGAAACGCUGCAGGAAUCUACAGGCAACUUUUCUUCUCCAGGAUUUCCAAACGGUUAUCCUUCCUACACACACUGCAUAUGGAGAAUCUCUGUGACCCCAGGGGAAAAGAUUGUUUUAAACUUCACCACGAUGGACCUUUACAAGAGCAGUCUCUGCUGGUACGACUAUAUUGAAGUAAGAGAUGGCUACUGGAGAAAAUCACCUCUUCUUGGCAGGUUUUGUGGUGACAAACUGCCCGAAGUGCUCGCCUCUACGGACAGCCGAAUGUGGAUCGAGUUCCGCAGCAGCAGCAAUUGGGUUGGAAAAGGGUUUGCAGCAGUUUAUGAAGCUAUCUGUGGAGGUGAGAUCCACAAAAAUGAAGGCCAAAUCCAGUCUCCCAAUUAUCCUGAUGACUACAGGCCAAUGAAGGAAUGUGUGUGGAAAAUAACAGUGUCAGAAAACUACAAUGUCGGAUUAACCUUUCAAGCAUUUGAGAUUGAAAGACACGACAACUGUGCAUAUGACUACUUGGAAAUUCGAGAUGGAACAAAUGAAAACAGUCCUUUGAUUGGGCACUUUUGUGGCUACGACAAGCCUGAAGAUAUUAGAUCUACCUCUAAUACCCUGUGGAUGAAGUUCGUUUCUGAUGGAACAGUUAAUAAAGCAGGGUUUGCUGCUAACUUUUUUAAAGAGGAAGAUGAAUGUGCCAAACCUGACAACGGUGGUUGUGAGCAGCGCUGUGUAAAUACCCUGGGCAGUUACCAGUGCGCCUGUGAUCCUGGCUAUGAACUUGGUCCUGACAAAAAGAGCUGUGAAG